GUUUGCCUUCUAUUUUAGCUUCAUCAAGUUCAAGCACAGCUCAAAUAUUUCAACAUGUUUGCCAAAGUGAUCAUCCUCGCCAUAGUUGCCAUCGCUUGCACCAACGGAAAACCACUCGUCGCUGCCCCACUGGUGGCCGCUAGCCCUGCUGUUGUGACUGCCCAAAGUUCCCAGUUUAUUUCCCGGAACUAUAAUGGAAUUGCUGCCGCCUAUACUGCCCCGGUAGCAGCUGCAUACAGUGCUCCUUUCGCCGCUGCAGCAUACACUGCUCCACUGAGCUCGUCGGCGUAUACCGCCGCCGCCUACACUGCUCCAGUUGCCGCUGCUUAUACUGCUCCUUUCGCUGCAGCGUACACUGCUCCUGUGGCAGCUGCCGCUCCACUUGCCGCCGCUUAUACCGCUUCCCCAUACUAUCCCUAUGUGCUGUGAACUGAUACCGAUCUUCUUGAAUAAACUUUGCCGUUGGAAACCAUGCA